AUGCCUCCGAAGACGCGUGGUAGACGAAGUGCGGCAAGAAAUCAGGGUGGUAGGGGCUGUGGCCGUGGGAUGCCACCUGAGGAUGAAGUUAGUCAGCUUGGGGAGAAUCCUAGUGGGAAUUCGGGGGCUGGGGUCGGUCGAGGUGCAGGAGUACCUCCAAAUCAAACUCAGUUUGCUAGGGACCUCGUCGCAGCACUUACGGCUGUAAAUCUUCUGAACCAAGCUCCUAGGGAGAGCGUCGAGGAUCGCGCUAUGGUAGCAAUGAGGGAGUUUAGCCGUAGGAACCCUCCGGUAUUCGAUGGGACUAGUAGCGAUCCUUUGGUAGCCGACCAUUGGUUAGCUCAAAUUCGCAAGUUUUUUAGAGCUCUUAACAUCACUGAAGAUAAUAUCAGAGUGGGUAUCGUGGCCGUUCAACUUGUUGGUGAGGCCGGUGAAUGGUGGGAAUCCGUUUUAGAGAGUAGGAAAGAUGCAAGAAGGGUGGUGAGAACCGCGGCUCAAGUGAACGAACCGGACAUUGAAAAUCUGACAUGGGCUGAAUUUGAGACUCUCUUUGAGGACCAAUACUUUUCGGAAACUUCACGUGAGAAUCUAAGGGAUCAAUUUGAGAAACUUGAGCAAGGUAAUAUGACCGUUUCGGAGUAUGUACAGAAAUUUCAAUCCUUGUCUCGUUUCGCUCCAGAGUUGGUGGCGACGGAGGAGAGGAAGUGUCGACGGUUUGAGAAGGGGUUGCAUAACACCGUGAGAAGAAUGGUGAUGGUCCAACGUAAGAUGAAGUUUUCUGAAGUGGUGGAGUGCGCGAGAAGUAUUGAAAUACCAAAGGAAGCUCAACGAAAUGCAAGGGCGUGGGAACCAAGGAAACCAGUGGGAAGUUUGAGUUCUUAUUCCUGUAGUUUUGGUAGCCAAGGACGAAAAAGGCAGAGGGAACUGUCUCAACAACCACCCAAUCAAUCCAAUUUUAGGGUGCCUACUUCUUCGGGAACUCGGGGUGCCAUGUCUAGACCCCCGAUUGUGUGUUACAAGUGUAACCAACCCGGGCACGUCCGUACUCAGUGUCCUUAG